UGUCAGCACUGCCUUCUGGGUAAACGGUCCUAAAAUUUUGAAGAGCGCAUGCGUACGCUUUCUCGUUCUUUUUACCUCGUUGCAACCGAGAAAGCAACAUGGGUCACCAGCAGCUCUACUGGAGCCAUCCGAGAAAAUUCGGCCAGGGUUCUCGCUCUUGCCGGGUCUGCUCAAACCGGCACGGUCUGAUCCGGAAAUACGGCCUCAAUAUGUGCCGCCAGUGUUUCCGCCAGUAUGCGAAGGACAUCGGCUUCAUUAAGUUGGACUAACUGAACUUCCUUAGAUGGCUCAUCCAGAACAUCACCCCUCGGCGGAAAUAAUACUAGCUCUUUGUAUAUAAAAUAAAAGUUUUCAAAACUUCAAGUAUGAGUGAAAUCUUUAAAAAUUUACUUCUCUGGAUUCAACUUAAAAAUGCUUCUUUUCCCUGGCUUAUGCAAAAGUAUGCAUGCUGAACUCUUGUAAUGUCAGUUUUAGCUUUAUACUUCAAAAAAGCCGUUUUUUGUUAGUUAAGGUGCCCACUGCAUAUAGCAGCAUCCAGCAUAUAACCUGAGACAAUUGGACUCUUGAGCAGCAGUUGCUGUCAUUUAGAUCUGCUCUGGGUGGGAAAAAAAAGACCUGCUCUGAGCAUUUACCUAGUGUUUAGUAGUCCUGGCUUUUGGGAUAAUUCAUCAGUUUACAAGAAAGCUUGUAAAUUUCUCAGCGUGUUUGGGUGAGGUGAUUAAAAGUGAAAUGGGUCAUAUGAACAAAAGUAGCUUUUAGUGGGGCAGAGUUUAACAGAAAAACAAGUCAAUCAGAAUAGGCAGCAUGAAAGUUGAGCUAGUCAACUAGCACACAAGUCAAAAUGACUUAUGAAGAGGAAGACAGGAUUUGUUGAAGGAUUAGGUGUGGGAGAGAACCAAGAGUGAUUCUAAGGGUUUUGGCCUGAACAACUGGAAGGGUUACUCUUGAGCUAGGACUUGAGAAGGUAGCUUGGUUUAGGGAAGAAAAAGUUGAGUUUCAGGCAUAUUGAAUUUUAAAUGCUUAUUAGCCAUUUGUGUUAAGCUCUGAAGCAGGCAUUCAUCUGGGGUUGACAGGAGCCUAUCUUGAGCUCCCUCUGGGGCCCGCUGUUAGGUGGGGAUCUUGCAGUGUGUGGUGUGGCUUUGUCCCUGAAUAACCUGGAGAAAGAAAUGGCAACCCACUCCAGUGUUGUUGCCUGGAGAAUUCCAUAGAGCCUGGUGUGGGGUCACAGAGACAAGACUGACUAACCCUGAACUGAACUGAACUAUGACAAGAUAGGCUUGACUGGUUCUCAGGUUAUGAAUAGUGUCUGCUGUUUGGGGAUCUCAUUUUCCCGACUGGGUGAGAUCUCAGCCCUAAAGUCGAGAGAUUAAAUGAUAAACAUGGAGAAGGCUGUUCUGGGUUAUUCCCAAGAGCAGGUAAAAUGAAGAUUCAACAGAGUAGAAGGAAAGGCCAAAAAGUGGUAUGUUAGAAAACUUCAAAAACAGUUGAACACAGUGUAAGACUUGAGCUCAUGGAGGCUAGGGACCCUGAAGCUUAGGUCUCAAGAGCUUCAUGGUAAAUUCAGUUCUUACUGGCCCUGAGUUGCAGGAGUACAUGGUAAUUCUGUGGUGGACUUCUAACGAAAUUUUAAGUGUUUCUGGGAAAGUGUUUAGGGAACAGGUUUCAAACAGGGUAAGGAAGUGGAUAGAAUUUUAGGAGAGGAGAUCAGACAGGAAAGUGUUCUAUGUUACAGAUAGAGUGGCUGGGUGAGAAGCAAUACCAGCUGAGCAAGAGUAAAAAAUUUUAGGUGAAGAGGAGAGGUCUAAACAGUGAUUUAAGUAAAUGAAGUGAUAUAUUUGGGUAUGAGAACUGGGGGGAAGAUGAACACUGCUCUAGUGGGAUAGUCCUACGUAAAUGGUCUUGUAAGAACUGUGUGUUAGUUGAGAAUUAUGUGGAAGGGAACAUUCUCUAGUAAGUCCUGGCCCUGUGGGUGUGGUGGGUAGGAAGGCUGGUGUGAGCAGAUGGUCUCUAUUCAAAGUUGAAUAACUUACUGCUAAAGAUUAUUUUAAAAUGUAUGUGCCCCAACAUUGUAUAUCAACUAUGACAACAAAAUAAAAUAAUUUAAAAAGGUA